GCGAAUCACGUGACCGGAAGUGUGAGCUUUCCGUGCUUCUGUGCCCUUGGAGAGCGGAAAGAUGGCGCCUGCCUUGUUGAAGCUGCUAAAAUUUACGAUCAAGGCAUCAAUAGCUGGAGGAGCAGUGUAUGUAGCUUAUGACCAAGGGUUACUGGGAAGCGGUAUUCAGGGGGAAGAUGUGCUGAAGAAAACCAAGGCAGCAGUACCACCAGCAAUUAAGGAAUGGUCAGAUUAUUUUGGUUGGCAGCUUCCGUCACCUCCAAAACUUGACUUCUCUGUUCGCGAGUCCUGGAAUUGGGGUGUGCAGCAGUCUGUGUCUGCUCUCUCAUCAGCCCCAAGUAAGGCUUGUGAGUACUCUUCAGAAGGCUGGAAAUAUGUAAAGGAGAUGGUCAAGUGAACGUGCAAUGUACAUAAAACACAAUAAAAUAAUCUUUAUUUAUAUAAA